GAGGGAGGAAAAAAAAGGAGGAGUGGGAGGAGCCGAGCCGAAGAGGAGAAAAAGGUGCCGGGGGAGGCGAGGCUGAGCAUAAGAGGAGCUGCUGGGGCUUGGAGGCGACUUCGGCAUCUCUCGGCUUCUUUCGCCCAGCCCUGCGAGUCGGCUUUUUCUCCCCCCCCCGCCGCAGGCGGCUGCGAUGCGCCUGAUCCAGAACAUGGGGACCAUCGCCGAGUAUCCCCAGGCGGAGAACGCCGCCGGCCGCCCUCGGCUCAUCAAGAUCGCGGUGGUGGGAGCCAGCGGGGUGGGCAAGACCGCCCUGGUCGUAAGAUUUCUCACAAAGCGAUUCAUUGGAGACUACGAACGUAAUGCAGGAAAUCUGUACAGCCGACAGAUUGAAAUUGAUGGAGAGAUGUUUGCAAUUCAGGUACAAGAUACACCUGGAGUACAGAUGCACAGACACGGCCUGGAUUGUAACGAACAGCUGAACAAGUGUCUCCGUUGGGCGGAUGCAGUUGUAAUCGUCUUUUCGAUUACCGAUCAUAAAAGUUACGAACUCCUUGGCCAUUUCCACCAGCAUAUACGGCAGGUCCAUCCGGGCAAUCGGGUUCCCGUAGUUAUCGUAGGAAACAAAGCGGACCUGCUCCAUAUUAAAGAGGUAGAACCUCAGCAUGGACUUCAGCUGGCCGGCAUGCUGGGCUGCAAUUUCUACGAAGUGUCUGUCAGUGAGAACUACAAAGAGGUCUUCUGUGCCUUCCACAGCUUGUGCAAAGAAGUCAGUAAGCAACAACCCACCGGCACUCCGGAGAAGAGGAGAAGUUGUCUCAUCUCAAGGCCCAAGUCACCCAACAUGCAAGACCUGAAGAGAAGGUUUAAGCAAGCUUUGUCGGCCAAAGUGAGAACCGUGACCUCUGUCUGAAAGGUUGAUUGACCUGGAUGGAAAAAAAAAAUCUUCACGCUUCCUCUUCUCAGCGAAGAGUGUCAUUGGUUCCAAGUCGGGAACAUUUUGCUGGCACCAAGGCAACCAAAGAGAGAGAAAGUGUUCUGGUGGAUCCUGGACUAGGGAGUAUAAAGCAUUAUGCAAAGGAGGAACUCCACCAAAACUUGAAUAGGUUCCUAAAGAAGGGACACGUUGCAUACUUUUACGCUGAAAGCAGGACAUUUGAAUGGAUUCAGAACAUUGCCAUAUUCUGUGAUGGAGGUUAGGAUAGCUUGGUACUAUCCUGUUAACUUUAAUUGUAGAAGAAGAAUGGGGGAAAAUACUCAGAAAGCCAUUUCUUUCAUUGGAAACAGAUAUCCAGAUAUCCUAUUCGAUUAGGGCUGGUUUCUUUUAUAAAUCUCACUAGAGACUUUUGAUUUUUCUUUUUUUUUUACUCCAGCUCAUGAAGUACAAGUAUUUCUGUUCCAACAGAGCAGUAACAGUCUUUGGUCUAAAACUUCUGGGCAUUAUUAAGGGAUGAUAUUUGAUUGCGAUGAGACAUACGUACUGUGGCUGCAAAUACUUAAGUGUAAUUUUUACAACUACAUAACGUUCUCAAGAUUUUAAGAUAGUCUGAAGAUUGUCGGUCGUCCGAUGCAGUGUUGAAUUUCUUUUCAGAUAAAUCCAAAUUAACUGAAUCUAAAUAUGGAUCGAAAAUCUCACUGUUUCCAUUCAUGUUGCUUCUUUGCUAGGUGUGGAGCAGGUCUUUCACAGCUGAGCCGUAUCUCUAGUUGAGGCACAAGGGGUUUUCCACUGUUAUAUCAAUCUGCCUUCUGUGAUUUAACUAGCCGAAUGCUGGACCAUGAGGCUUGUCCCAUGAAGCAGAACACAUUUAAAAUAAGAUAGGCAAACAUACCGUCGAUGCAGUUCGAGAAAAGGCAACACUGUGCUUUCCCCUUAAGCGGUAACUUAUUUAUUUUAUGUUUCAGAAAUAUUACCAGGGUACAACUUCUUUAUUCUGUGUCAUCAUUAAAUUAAACAAUGUUUUCUCAAGAA